AUGGUUUCUUAUCCGGAAAGAGUGGAUCGUACAGCUUCAACGACCCGGCUCCCACCACCGCCACCUCCUCCUCCUUCCUCGUCGUCGCGCCUAUCGCACUCGAGUCGCCAUCAUCGUCAUGGCCGCUCCCACCAGGGCGGAUCGUCUCACCAGCCGCAGAACGAGUUUCCCAUUUUCGCUCACACGGGGGAUGUGGAGAUCGUGAUCAAAGCGGGGGGACAGGAGAAGCGAUAUCUGCUCCAUCGGCUGAUACUGGCCCAGUGCUCGGGCUUCUUUGAGGCGAGCACCAGCGAGGAGUGGUCGCGCGCACAGGCACAGAGGGAGGGACAGCCCACUGCAGGAUCGUCCGAGUCUGGUCACAGCUUGCCUAGUGUCCCUGAAGAUGGAUCAGGGUCUGGCGAGUCAGGGAGACGAAGUAUACAGGGGCCGCCGGCAAAGAAGAGAUGGAGAUAUGAGUUGGACUGGGAGAACAGGGAAGAGGAUGAGGAGCCAAUCCUGGUCCAGAAGCCUCCAAGCUCUGAGAGCAUCUUCGAAGGAGCAGACUUUUCGCGUCCUCCACCGACGCCGAUAACCAAGCCAUCCACGCCACGGGCAGGUUUCUUCCGGUCGGUGGCCCAUCUGGCUGGAUUGCAAUCUGCCGUGCAUCUUCCUUCCUCUGGUGCGGCUCAUGAUGCCGAGCUGGACCCUUUGAUCCGGGACUACGACAACCUUUUCCGCAUCUUCUAUAACUAUCCUCCGAUCCUGAACAGUGUCAACAUUGCCUCUGCCUAUGCGGAAUGCAAGUCUCUCCUGAAUCUGGCCGACAUGUACGACGCCCUUCCUGUGGUGGGACCGCGAGUCGACCAUCAUCUUCUGCGCUUUUCAUCCAGGCUUUUCAAACAGAUUGCGAAAUACCCGCCCAGCUACUUGAAAUUAGGUUACCUUGCCCGCAGCAAGGUCAUAUUUUCGGAAGCGCUCAUCCAUGUGGUGGGCCAGUGGCCCGCGGCGCUACCGCAUCUUCGAAAUGGGUCUUACCCACAACUACCCGACUCGAUUUUUGACCUGAUCGAGGACAAGGUGGAGGAUCUCGAGGAUCUCAAGGCGCGCGUGGAGGCGAAACUUUUCCGCCUCACCCUGACGACCUCCCGAGGGGAGCGUGUGAGUCCAACGAACGCCUACCUGGACUGGCUUGCCGUAUCUUUAUUCCGGCAGUGGCUCGUGGAGAAUACGACGCCACCUCCGGCACCGAUACUCAAGAACUCCCCUCAACGGAAUACGGCCAACGGCAGCAACGAUCCUCAGCAAGGCAAUGGCGCCAUGCAAAGCCCAGCUGCCCCGCCUGUUCCUUCAGGCCGGGUGUACCGCCUCCUUGGGUCGUCCUCGACUGAGGCCUACUUGCCGCGUGAUGAAUUGAAACGUUUCCUCAAAUUGCAUCCGACCCCGUCAUCGUCGGAAUCUCUCUAUACCCGGGAGAACCUUAAGCGGUUCGAGAGGAAGAUGGACGAGAUCAAGCGACUUGCGCGGGAGAUCGUCAAGCCGCUGAUGAGGAACUUCCUUGAGCUGGAUCUCAAGGGAAGCGAUAACCGGGGAGGGUCCGGAGGAAGUGGCGUCGGAGACGGCGGCCUGGGAGGGCUUCCUUAUCUCACCUGCACCCGGGUGGAAGAAUCUGACUUUCCAUGGGACUAG